GACCAUACACACUCCUACUGAGUCACGAGAAGCUCCUGCAGUCUAUCAACGGAAGAGCGCGCGAAGCUGGAGGCAGCGAAGAGGAUGCGUGCGUCUCCGGUGGACUUGAUUGCUUGCUUGGGAAUGUUUUUAACGAGGUUGGAUUUCCUACGCUUGAACAAAUAAUUGUUUCCCAAGAUCACACCUACUGAAUUGAAUGGUUAUGAGUCCCGAGAAUGUUCAGGGAAUUGUUGGAAAUUCUGGAAAAUGCUUUUUUUUUUUGCAUGUUUGAUCGCGACCAGAGAGGAAGAUAGUAUCAGCUUGCUCUAAUUAUAACGCUGUUGCUUUAGGUUACAUAUUCAGUAUAGGCUACUUCUGUCAACUGGAAUACCCAAAGGAACAAGGUGGAAUAGUUUUUCUUCGUCCUAUUUCUGUUCUGCAACCCACAGAAGCCCUGCUGUAGUAGGCCUAUGUGUUUCAAGCAAUGAAACAGAAGUGUAUCAUUAUUUGACAGUCAAAUGUCAUAGUCAAAACGUACUGGACUGAGACGAUUCCGCUGGACUUUUUCUUUACUGCCAAGAACGUUGGAAUGAGUCAACCUGCCCUCAGGGCAAUUAAUACGAUUUGGUGAGUGAGAUUGCCUAGCAGCGAUGUCUCGACUGUACUACAGGAGGACAGACAACUCCUCCUACAGGGACCGGAUCGCUCUGAGGAUUGUCAGGGCUGAGUCUGAACUGUCUGUCCUGGAGAAGAACUACCUGGGAGCAGUGGAGAAAGGAGACUACGCCUCAGUCAAACAGGCUCUAGAGGAGGCAGAGAUCUACUUCCGGAUCAACAUUAACUGUAUAGACCCGUUGGGCCGCACAGCUCUGCUGAUCGCUAUUGAGAAUGAGAACCUGGAGAUUAUAGAGCUGCUGCUCAGCUUUAACGUGUAUGUCGGUGAUGCUCUCCUACACGCCAUCCGUAAAGAGGUGGUGGGGGCCGUGGAAAUGCUGCUCAACCACAAGAAGCCCAGCGGGGAGAAACAGGUUCCUCCCAUCCUAUUGGACAAGCAGUUCUCUAACUUUACUCCUGACAUCACACCCAUCAUCCUGGCAGCACACACCAACAACUAUGAGAUCAUCAAACUGCUGGUGCAGAAGGGGGUGUCCAUGCCCCAGCCACAUGAGGUGCGCUGUAACUGCAUGGAGUGCGUGUCCAGCUCUGAUGUGGAUAGUCUUCGUCACUCCCGCUCACGUCUCAACAUCUACAAGGCCCUGGCCAGCCCAUCACUCCUGGCCCUCUCCAGUGAAGACCCUUUCCUCACAGCCUUUCAGCUCUCCUGGGAACUACAGGAACUCAGCAAGGUAGAGAAUGAGUUUAAGUCGGAGUAUGAGGAGUUAUCUCAGCAGUGUAAACAGUUUGCCAAGGACCUGUUGGACCAAACCAGAAGUUCCAGAGAACUAGAGCUGAUCCUGAACUACAGAGAUGACAUCAACCCUCUACUGGAUGAGAACACCAACGAUCUGGCCAGACUCAAACUGGCUAUCAAAUACACACAGAAAGAGUUUGUAGCCCAGCCUAACUGUCAGCAGCUGCUUGCGUCUCGUUGGUACGAUGAGUUCCCUGGGUGGAGGCGUCGUCACUGGGCAGGGAAGUUCCUAACCUGUGUCUUCAUCGGCCUCCUCUUCCCCCUCUUAUCCCUCUGCUACCUGGUCUCUCCUAAGAGCCGCUAUGGACACUUCAUCAGGAAGCCCUUCAUCAAGUUUAUCUGCCACACAACGUCGUAUCUCACCUUCCUGUUCCUCCUGCUGCUGGCCUCCCAGCACAUCGUCUCUACAGACCCUAACAGACAGGGGCCGCCUCCUACUGUGGUGGAAUGGAUGAUACUACCCUGGGUACUGGGAUUCAUCUGGACAGAGAUUAAACAGAUGUGGGAUGGAGGGUUCCAGGACUACAUCCAUGACUGGUGGAACCUCAUGGACUUUGUUAUGAACUCUCUGUACCUGGCUACCAUCUCUUUGAAGUUCGUUGCCUAUGUCAAGUACAGUGGCUUCAGGGCCAGGAACGAAUGGCAGAUGUGGCAUCCUACCCUGGUAGCAGAGGCUGUGUUUGCCAUCGCUAACAUCUUCAGCUCCAUCCGCCUCAUCUCUCUGUUUACAGCUAACUCCCACCUGGGACCUCUACAGAUCUCUCUGGGCAGGAUGCUGCUGGACAUCCUUAAGUUCCUGUUUAUCUACUGCCUGGUGCUCCUGGCCUUCGCUAACGGGCUCAACCAGCUCUACUUCUACUACGAGACAGACGAGGGACUGAAGGGAUGCAAGGGCAUCCGCUGCGCAACACAGAACAACGCUUUCUCAACGUUGUUUGAGACGCUCCAGUCUUUGUUCUGGUCUAUCUUUGGGUUGAUCAGUCUGUAUGUGACCAACGUGGAGGCAGACCACCAGUUCACAGAGUUUGUAGGGGCCACCAUGUUUGGAACCUAUAAUGUCAUCUCUCUGGUGGUUCUACUCAACAUGCUGAUCGCAAUGAUGAACAACUCCUACCAACACAUCGCUGAUCAUGCAGACAUUGAGUGGAAGUUUGCAAGAACCAAGUUGUGGAUGAGUUACUUUGAAGAGGGGGGGACUCUGCCUUCUCCAUUCAACAUCAUCCCUAGCCCCAAGUCAAUCUGGUACUUCAUCUGCUGGAUCAGGAAACACAUCUUCAAGAUCACCAGGGCCAAGAAAACAGAAACAUUUGGAACCAUAGGGAGACGGGCUGCCUUAAACGUAAGAACAAACCACCAGUAUCAGGAGGUUUUGAGGAACCUGGUGAAGAGAUAUGUAGCAGCCAUGAUCAGAGAUGCCAAGACAGAGGAAGGACUGACUGAGGAGAACUUUAAGGAGCUGAAGCAGGACAUCUCCAGCUUUAGGUAUGAGGUCCUGGGGAUGAUGAAGGGGAAGGUGGGGCCCGGGGGUGGGGGCGGGGCUCUAGCAGAAAGUAAACCCAGUGAAGAGGCAGGGGCCUCCAUUCUGGUCUACCCUGACCACUCCUUCAAGUACUCCUCCAAGAUCUCCCCAGCCACGCCUAAGACCAACAUGUUUCACGUCACCACAUCCAUGCUCCAGCAGAGGGCAGCCCUCUCCUCCACCUCCUCCACAUCCCCUUCCACCUCUCAGGGCUUGAACCGACUGGUCAACGGCUCUGUGGUACCCUCUUGCGCCUCCACUGACACCUCCUCCAACCCCACCUCCUCCACUCCCAUCUCCUCUUCCUCCUCCACUCCCAUCCAUUCCUCCACCAAAGACAGGCUGGCCAGGAAAGACUUUCCCAAAGACAUCUGUGACUUUGGGCUCUACUCUGUGUCUGAGGAGAUGGGAGAAGUUGACCUGGAGGAGCUGGACUGUGAUGGAGAGAAGGAGGAGCAGGGUGGAGCGAGGGAGAGGACGUGUACAGAGAAGGAAGAGAACGAAGGGAGGGGAGAGUGAAGAGUGAAGGAGGAGCAGGGUGGAGCGAGGGAGAGGACGUGUACAGAGAAGGAAGAGAACGAAGGGAGGGGAGAGUGAAGAGAGAAGGAGGAGCAGGGUGGAGCGAGGGAGAGGACGUGUACAGAGAAGGAAGAAAACGAAGAGAGGGGAGAGUGAA